AUGACACGUUCAGGUUGGGAAGGAACGCUUCAUGAUCAUCACAAGAAGGAAGUUAUUCGGAUUGAACGUGAAUCUGUUAUUCCCGUUUUGAAGCCUCACCUUAUCAUGACAUUGACCAACCUUAUCAAACAUAGUGCUGACCGAGUUGAAUUUUUGAAGCUCUGCAAGAGAAUAGAGUACACAAUCAGAGCUUGGUACCUUCUACAGUUUGAGGACAUGAUGCAAAUCUAUUCUCUCUUUGAUCCUGUAUCCGGGGCUCAGAAGUUGAAACAGCAGAAGAUACCUAGUGAAGAAGUUGAUGUUCUUGAACAGAAUUUCUUGGCUUACCUUUUUGAGGUCAUGAAAAAAAGCAACUUCAAGAUUGCUACUCAAGAAGAGAUUGAUAUUGCUCUUUCUGGACAGUAUCUUCUAAAUCUUCCCAUUACAGUUAAUGAAUCCAAGCUUGACAAGGUUCUUUUGAAAAAAUAUUUUCAAACACAUCCGCAAGAUAACCUUCCAGAUUUCCAUGAUAAGUAUAUUAUUUUUCGACGUGGCAUUGGAAUUGAGCAAACGACUGAUUUCUUUAUCAUGGAGAAAGUGGACAUGCUCAUAGCACGGUUUUGGUCAUAUGUAUUAAGAAUAACCGGGUUGGAGAAGUUUUUUUACGGAAGGUCAAAAGGGAGUGGGACAAAGGAUCCCAAGAAGGAGGAUGAAUUGGAGUCAGAAGAUUAUCAGGAUGAUGUAUAUGAACGGAUACGUCUUGAAAAAAUGCCAUUGAGAAUCGGUAGUUUGCUGAACAAGAACACAAUCCAAGAACCAACAUUUGAUAGGAUAAUUGUUGUCUACAGGCCAGCUAGCACCAAAUCAAAACAAGAAAGAGGAAUUUAUGUGAAGCAUUUCAAAAACAUUCCAAUGGCUGAUAUGGAAAUAGUUCUUCCAGAAAAGAAAAAUCCAGGAUUGACUCCAAUGGAUUGGGUCAAGUUUCUUGGAUCUGCUAUAGUUGGGCUGGCUGCUGUAGGUAGUUCUCUUGAUGUUGAUAAAGCUGAUUUGAGGGUCAUUGGUGCUAUUCUUUCCACAGUAAUUGGAUAUUUUGUAAAGACAUAUUUCACGUUCCAACAAAACUUGGUCCAAUACCAAAAUUUGAUUACACAGUCAAUGUAUGACAAACAACUGGACAGUGGAAAGGGUACACUUCUCCAUUUAUGCGAUGAUGUCAUUCAACAGGAAGUUAAAGAGGUAAUAAUAUCAUUUUUUAUUCUGAUGGAGCAGGGGAAAGCUAAUAGACAAGACCUCGAUAAAUGGUGUGAGGAACUAAUCAAAGACGAGUUUGGGGAGAGCUGCAAUUUUGAUGUGGAUGACGCAGUUCAGAAAUUAGAGAAGUUGGGAAUCGUCACCAAGGAUGUCAUUAACCGAUACCAAUGCGUUGGGCUGAAACGGGCUAACGAGAUCAUAGGCACCACCACAGAAGAGCUUGUCCUCAAGGCAAGGCAGGGAAACACCUCUCCUUGAUGGUGGUUUGGAAUAUUUGUCAAUAAUCAUGUUAAGUCCCAUAAUUUCACUGUAAAACUUCCUCGUCCUUUUAAAUCAUUGCAAUGUUCCUGAAACAAUUAGUAAACAAAUAAAGUCUUGGCCAGUUUCAUUAGUAUAGUUUUUUGAAAUAGUAGGGAAAUUGGAUCUAUUACCUUAAACCCCAUGGCCAGUAUUUGAGUUUUACAUUCCUUCAUCCCUU